GGAGAAUAAGGAUGAAGGAGAACAACCAAAGCAGCAACCCUCACGACCUCGCGUGGAAGAAUCUGAGUAAGGAGCGAAGAACACAAACGAAAACAAUCCUCAUGAAGUCCGUCAGUGGGUCAUCUUCUUGGACAUGUAACUCGAUUACGCGUAAUUGCCAUCACAACAUACAAGCGAACUUAAGAACGGUGAAGAAAGGGCGAAAUCUGGGGAGAAAAUUCUUUGGAUGCUCACUUUGGCCUAAUGCAGAUUGUAGGUAUUUUGAAUGGUACAAUGACAAUGAGGUGGAGUGUCAUGAUGAAUACAAACUGAUGGAUAAAGACAUAGCCAUUGAAAGGUUGUUGGCAGAGAAGAAGUUAUUGGAAGAAAAACUGCAAAAGAUAGAGAACAAGAAAAAGAAGAUGUGUGUUCUAAUAACAGAAAUGCAGAUGAAGGCUUCCAAAAGUGCUAAAGGAGAAAGAGCUG